UGCAAACAUAGGAGGCGGUUGCAUAGUCAUUCAGCAGAAACAAGUGUGUGAUGGGAGAGCAGACUUAAAAGCAUACGGAAACUCAUCUGGCUAAUAAUGAUAGGGCAGCCUACACAGAAGCAGAACAGGUGUUCCAGAGGAAACCCAGCCUCAGAUUUUAAAGAAAGUGCAUCACUGUAAAAGCUGAAUCUCUGCAGAGCACCCUUUAUCUCUCAUUAAUAAUUGAAUUUGCAGUGUGCUUGAAAUGCCUUAAAGAAGCAACUUAGAAACAAAAUAAUUAAUAAGCAGUAUUAUCACUAAGAAAGCAAAAGUUUUUAAUAUGUCCAAGAAAGUUCUCACUACAUCAUUUCAUGAGGAAAAGCACUUAAAAAGAGAUUUGAAAAAUGAUAAUCCAUUGUCCUCAGCAAAUAAAUGUUCUGGAGAGAGUAAAGUGGUACUCAAGCAAAAGGUGACUCUGUUCAGAGGAAUCUCCAUUAUAAUUGGCACUAUCAUUGGAGCAGGAAUUUUUAUUUCUCCAAAAGGAAUUUUAAAAAGCUCAGGAAGCGUGGGAAUAUCACUAGUUAUUUGGAUACUAUGUGGUAUCUUAUCACUUUUUGGUGCACUUUCCUAUGCUGAACUGGGUACCUGUAUAAAGAAAUCAGGUGGUUAUUAUUCUUACAUCUUAGAAGCCUUUGGAGCACUACCUGCUUUUGUGACUGUCUGGGUGGAAUUGCUUGUUAUACGACCAGCGGCUACAGCAGUGAUUUCCUUAGCCUUUGGACAGUAUAUACUUGAGCCAUGGUUCACGCCGUGUGAGAUACCGCCACUUGCAGUCAAGCUCAUUACAGCAUUUUCAAUAACACUAGUGAUGUUCCUUAACGGUACCAGUGUCAGCUGGAGUGCACGGAUCCAAAUGUUUUUAGCAUGCUGCAAACUUGUUGCCAUCAUGGUCGUCAUAGUGCCAGGAUUAAUACUCUUAUUCAAAGGACAGACCCAGAACUUCAGGAAUGCAUUUUCUUAUGAAAGCAUUGACGUCAUGGGACUGCCACUUGCAUUUUAUGCUGGAAUGUAUGCUUAUUCAGGCUGGUUUUAUCUCAACUUUGUUGCAGAAGAGGUAGAAAAUCCUGAAAAAAAUAUACCGCUUGCAAUUUGUAUCUCGAUUGUUACUGUAACAGUUGGCUACGUGCUAACAAACACUGCCUACUUUGCAGCAAUGACUGCAGAAGAAGUGCUUGCCUCUCCAGCUGUGGCUAUGACUUUUGCAGAGCAAAUGAUGGGAAGAUUUUCUCUGGCAGUCCCAAUACUUGUUUCCUUGUCCUGUUUUGGAUCCAUGAAUGGUGGAAUCUUUGCUGUUUCAAGGAUGUUUUAUGUUGCAUCAUGUGAGGGUCACCUUCCUGAGAUUGUGUCCAUGAUUCAUAUCCAGAAGCACACACCUCUUCCAGCUGUAAUGGUUCUGUACCCGCUGGUAAUAAUUAUGCUGUUUUCUAGUGACUUGUAUAGUCUCCUAAACUUCUUAAGUUUUGUACGGUGGCUAUUUAUUGGACUAUCAGUUGCUGGCCUGAUAUACCUCAGAUACAAACGUCCUGAAAUGCCACGUCCAUUCAAGGUUCCACUGUUUAUACCAGCUUUCUUUUCUUUCACAUGCAUGUUCAUGGUAUUCCUGUCCCUCUACUCAGAUCCAGUCAACAACGGAAUUGGUGUUGCAGUAACGCUAACCGGUAUUCCUGCUUACUAUAUUUUCAUCGUGUGGGAUAAGAAACCAAGGUGGUUCAACAAUUUAAUGGCUAUAACAACACGAUCAUUACAGCUCAUCCUUAAAGUUGUACAUGCGGAUGCAAAGGAUGAAUAAUCGUCCAACCACAGCUGUUCCUGAGCAUCACUAAUGUUUCAAACCAUCACGCCAGUGAUAGCACUGCUUUGCUAAUACGCUGCUUCUAAAUAUACAGUGCCUGUUGUCACAUACUGUACAAUGUCUUAAGAACAGUUUACAAUUCAAUAUCUGGUCUGGGCACUGUUAAGGCAAAAUCUGCUAUGAUACACAGAUUGAUACAGACAUUUUCAGUUUAAUGCAAAAAAAGGCAUGUAUACACACAACCACACAUGCAUAUGAACACACAGAGCCACAGAUGUAAUAACAGUAAUUUAAAACCAGUACAAUCUGAUAGUAGUAGUGCUGGUCUUGUGACAACAACGUUUGUAUUUUAAUACUUUUAUAUGAUGCGAUAUUGAAGAUUUCAUUUUUUUUGGGAUACCAUAAUGAUAACUUGUUGCCUAUACUUUACUUGAGACACUCCUGAGAGAUCUGCAUAUGUAUAUUUGUGUGCUUGUGUGCGCCUGCAUAUGUGUGUGUGUGUGUGUGUGUGUGUGUGUGUGUGUGUGUCUGUGUGUCCAUAAGAAUGCCAUAGUCUGUCUGCCUAACUAUAGUCACCUGUCACGUUAAUGGAAGUUGGUGUGUGACUAUAUCAUAGGUAUAUAUAGUUUUUUCCUUCUAUGGAAGUCAAGGCUGAUAUGUACCAGGCUAUGCAUCUGGGCCCACCACCAACUGGCCCCGUUUGAAUAGAAUCAUUUUAACUUAGUUUGCUACAUGUCAUUGAAGAGUGGUUUCAAACAGUUGUCUUCUUCAUUACUUUGGAGUUGUCAUUCUUCAUAUGUUAUAAAUGGAUAAAACAGCAUAGAAACUACACAUUUCUUUAUCUAUCAUGAAAGAAAAGUAUUAAGCAUUUCGAUGUCCAGUUUAUGAGAAACAUUUUACACCAUCAGCAACGUAAUCACAUCACUAGAAAUCUUUAUCUAUUCUAUUACUAACACUAUUGUUUGAUCUCCCAUUCCUUAUCUAUAACAAUAACUAUUUUACCAUACCUUUGCAAGGUAUUCUGGUAGGGGCCAUGUCAGAGAUUACAUGUCUUUAUUCACAAGCAGCAUCUUCCUGUAUCACUCAUAGCUGCCUAUGUAUGAUAUGAUAGGUCCCAGAGAAAAUAUAUGCAGGACCCAACCACAAAGAUCUUUAUUAAGCAGAUUGCUGUCUUUUAAAAAAUAUUUACAAAUAAUUCAUACAGACAUUUUAUAUGGAAAAGUUGGUCAGAUUUUCUCUAACUGAGCUCCUUCUGUUAAACCAAUUUUGUGUUUUGAAAAUUGGGCUGCUGUAUUUCUUUUGGUGCAGUCUGCUUACUUAUAUGGUUUAUAUAUAUAUAUAUAUAUAUAUAUAUAUAUAUAUAUAUAUAUGUUUGCUGACUUUGUGCAGCAUCCUCUACUAAUAACCACCAGCUGCUGCUCAAAUGAUCCAUUAAUUUCUGUGGUGGGAGCUCAUUUAUUCUUGGGGCAAGGAUUAGAUGUAGCUAGAGUGAAGCAAUCAUACAUGCAGAUGGUCACAUGAUUUCUUAACCAUUAACCCUACUUGUUUCUUUCUGUGCACCUGCAGUAUCAAAGCAAUUGUCAUGUAAAAGGUAUAGUUAUAUACUUGCUCAUCUCUGUUUGCAUGUAAUCAAACAGCCCCAGCACCUUCAUGAACAAAAACUUGGCAUAACCACUGAUCUUCAACAAUAUAUCUACCAUCAAUAGUGUGCCCAGGUGUAUGCCACAUUCCUUCAUACCUCCAUAACCCAAUAUGGCUCUCCUAGCCUCUGGGUCGCUACUUGAAUGUCAUUUGCCAAGGCUGUAGUCAAGGAUUCAUCCCUCUAAAUAACAGAGCUAGAAUAUUUGUUACUUUUUCAUAUUUCAGCUUUGAAUAAGACAGACUCAUAGUGUUCAUUUAGAUUAAUUUGAAUAUCAAACACUGUUGUUUUUUGCUUUGAGCCAGUGACAGUUGCAUUUUUUUUUUUAUUUCUAGUACUAGCAAUAAAUAAGGCCAGUUUAUCUUGAAGACAUCUUCCUUCUGGGCACUUUUUUGGUAAAUCUGCCAUGUAUUGCAGAGGUGUAAUUUCUGUAUUUCAAUUAAAAGUGAGUAUACAGAAGUAAAUGUUCAUUUUUAUAAUGAAAAAUAUUUAUUCCUCAUUUUUCCAAGGAAUGUCUGCUACUUCAUGUGACAAAAGUUCCUCUUUUUGAUUUUUGUUUUACAUCUUUGAACCAAUUGUUUAGUAUGCUAAGGUAUCACAGGCCAAUAAAGCAAAUUUUACUCUAUGUUUACAGUUGCUAAUUUCUACAUUUGACUCACAGAUUUUGAAGAAUACAUUUUCAUGCUGUUGAAUGGAAAUGACAGCUCCAUCAUCCUUAAGCAUCAGGCUUUGUACUCAAGAAACCUCAUCAUGGUAUGUGUUGUGUACUUUGAUGUGUGCAUGCACAGACAUACCAUCACCUGUCUUCCCAUUCAUAACUAUAUCUCACAACUAUAUUUCCCCAUCUCCUCUUGUACUGAAUGUUAGCUCUUCCCAGCAUUUUAGUAUAUAUAGCCAAUUAUACAAUACUCCACAAAACGUCCACCUCUUUCUUCAGCAAAUAUUUUCACUCUUGCAAGAAUGAUCUCAGAUUAUCAGUUAUAUCUAUAAAUAUAAGUACACUUGGUUUGCAAUGAGCUAGCAAAUCAUGCUUCAAGCUCAAGAAUAUAAUCUGGAGUUCUGAUUGUAUUUUCUGAAGAAAUUUCUUUUAAAUAUAGUCUAUAGUGGCAUAUAAUCAGACUCCACAUUAACUAGUUUUAUUUUGAUAUGCUCAAAAAACUUUUGAUAACCAAAAAAUGAAAGGUAACAUCUCCUUCUCUGUUUAAGAUUUGAAUAUAGUGUGUUAACGCAUCAUUCAAAGCUCUUGACCCACAUUUUACUUGAAUGCUUUCCUAAAGCGGUACUGUUCUAAACCCUUCUUGACGAACAUUUACUUAAAAUGUAACUGACUGUGACACAUCAUAGAAUUUCAAGCUAGGUUUCUCAGUAGCUAGCUUUUUAGCAUGUUGAAAGUCCUCUAGUGCUCCAUUGACCAAAGACAAGCAACACUGCUUUGUAGCUUUCUAGCUGCCAUUGUCAUACCUGAUAUUUUUAGGAAAAAAUCACACAAGAAAUGACCUGUUAUGGGUUUGCAGCAUAUUUAUUAUUGCUCUGUCAUUGUCAGAAUCUGGUUAGGUAUCUCCUGACUUCAAAAUGCAUUUUAUGCACCUUAGAGUUGAUUAACAGAUCUGCAAGAUUAUAUUGUAUGGUUUUAAGCCUGUUUGCCUUAAUCUGGCAAACCUUAAGCCAUAUCCUUGUUUAUUAUCUCCUCAAAUUAUAAGAUAAUUUGUUCUACUAAACUCAUGCUGUAGCCAUUCAAUUAAUUUAGCUUCAGCAUUUUGAAACACAUCUGAGAUGAAAUUCCAAAAGGCAAUCAUACAAACUUGUAUCUACCGAAAUGUUGAACAUACAUAGAUUACUAGCCUAUCUGCCAAAAGUCAUUAUUAGCAUGUGGCAUUGUGAAAAGACUUAACAUUAGGUGUAGCAGCCAUAGCCUCUUUGGUUACUUGAAGUGGAUAAUGCUCCAUUGUGAUCAUUUAUUUUAGUCUUAAAGUUAUACAUAUUGUAGUCUUGCCUUCCUUCACACCAUCUAAGAUAUUAUUUACUUGUUCACUCAAUUCAGUUUACUUAACAAUUAAUUCCAGAACUUAUAUGCAGUUGAAGACUUUUGCAUAUUUUAUUCUCAGUGAAGCAUUCUUAACAGUAUUCAUGUUAUUGCAUGUCCUAGCAAUAACAGUACUGUUAGUCAAAUAUUUUACAACUAGUCUGCUAUGGAAAUCAUAGCAGUUAACAUUGUUUCUAGCUUUGUUAAACUUCCUCUGACCAAAGAACUCAUUCAGAUUAUUUGGAUUGUUAUGUUGGCCUUCACAGAUAUGACACUGCCUUAGUAUCUAUCACACGUGUUUUAACAAAUGUGUCUUUUUAGUAUUUCAGGUUUACAUUUCUGACUGUUAUAUGUAGCCAUGACAUGGACUGCACUGGUCUGUAAAUUAUUCCUCAGCUACAUAGUAUGAAUUCUUUUAAUCAUGCCAUCUACCGCAAAGGCACUGCAGUUCAGAAUAUUUGUUCACUUUAAAUGUUUUUCUGUGGAUGCUACUUGGAAUAUGAUAUGCUCCUUUUCAAGCAUAAUUUGAUACAGACUUCAAGUUUAUCUCCAAAACAUGUCAAAAGAGUGCUUAGAAACUGUAUACAUUAUUUAGCAGAUUCAGAAAUA